AUGGUGACCGAGCUCAUACAGGGAGCCCGCAGGGUUGCCUACGCGCAAGUGGAGGCGGCGCUCAUCCCGGAGGACUGGGGCAGCGUGGCGGUGCAUUUCAAGUUGGAGAAGCCGCCCGGCAAUCUGAGCAUCGACCAUUGGGACCGGGUUGGAUCCUUCGGCUUGAAGCUUCCAGCGGAGCACAACCCGGAGGGCAUCGGCCUCCACACCGAGCGGCAGCCGAAGGAGCGAGAGAAGUGGGCCUUUAGUGGCGUCAAGUCGAGUUGA